UUCAAAACCUCGAGAGGGAGAGAAAGCAGGCUGGGAAGAAAAAAGCCUAAAGCUGCUGCGGAAGCUGGUUCAUCUCUCUCUCCCGCUUACGUCCGUACAAUUCCACGUUUUCCGAUCGAAUCCGUCAAACUCCGUCGGCGUGCCUCAGAUUUGGCACUAUCAGGAACUUCGAAACGACUCUGUUUUCCUACCAGUCCAUUCGAAAGACGCUUCCGGUGACGCACUUUGGUUCCCGGCAACUAUUUGACAAGAGGACGGCCGCUUUUGAUCGUUUCAAUGUUGUCCUCUGACUUAUAAAACUAACCUACGUAUAUAAAUGGAGAAAGUGGAGCAGGGAGAACAGAAUUCGGAUUCCGGAUCAAAAAAAUUGGCGAGACAAUUGGAUUUCACGGACGCUUUUACGGGCUCGGUGAAUGUGUCUUCGCCGGAAUGCCAAGAUUCGCAGAAACUAUUAGAAUCUAAGUCACCGUCGCAAUUGCAUUUGCAGUUUCAGUCACGUUUGCAUCCGCAAUCGCAAAUGAAACCACAGUCACAUUCGCAGCGGCAACUACAACUACAACCACAACAGCCUCACUCGCCGGCUCAAUUGCACCUGCAGUUGAAAUUACAGUCAAUGCCGCCGCAAUUGCCCCGGCCUCAGCUGGGGCCUAUGGUACAACGGUCCCACCCAGUGCAUAAACUUCCGACACCGCCAAUGCAAGUCGCGAAGCAUGAGUCUCCUAGAUCAAGAGCACGGGCUAACAGCGAGGCAAAAGAUGGGACUCCAAAGAAACAAAAGCAAUGUAAUUGCAAAAGCUCUCGAUGCUUGAAGCUGUAUUGUGAGUGCUUUGCAGCUGGAAUUUAUUGUGAAAGUUGCAACUGCGUUAAUUGUCAGAAUAAUGUGGAGAACGAGGCAGCUAGGCAGGAGGCAGUUGGAGCAACCUUAGAGCGCAAUCCAAACGCUUUCAGGCCGAAGAUCGCUAGUAGCCCACGUGAAUCUCGGGAUAGGAUGGAAGAUGCAGCAGAAGCUCAAGUGGUGGGAAAGCACAGCAAAGGGUGUCACUGCAAGAAAUCAGGGUGCCUAAAGAAGUAUUGUGAGUGCUUCCAAGCCAAUGUGUUGUGCUCUGAAAACUGUAAAUGCAUGGACUGCAAAAAUUUUGAAGGAAACGAAGAAAGAAGGGCUCUGUUUCACGAAGACAGUAAUGCAAUAGUCUACCUCCAAAAUGCAGCUAAUGUAGCCAUUAGUGGGGCCAUUGGGUCCUCUGGGUAUGGAACCCCACUGGUAUCCAAGAAGAGAAAGAGGAAGGAAUAUUUUUUUGGGUUAGCAGCCAAAGACUGUUCCAAUCAAAAGAUCGCACCAUGUCAACAGGACAGUCAUCUAAAAGCUUCUGUGACCUGUUCUCUGCCAUCCAUCCCUGUUUCAUGCACUAUGAAUGCAGCAAUAUCAGGAUCUUCAAAGUUGAAGUACAGAUCUCCAUUGGCUGACAUCCUCCAACUACAGGAUGUGAAGGAUCUUUGCUCACUUUUGGUUGUUCUUUCAGAAGAAGCUACAAAAACACUUGCAGAAAAUAGAGGCAAAAUGGAUGGGCAGACAGAGAGGGGGAAUAUAGAAACUUUUGUUGGUUUAUCCACUCAAGAGAGCAAAGAGGGUAGAAAAGGACAUGGUAGUCAGAACACUACUCCUGAUGGCAGUUUCAGCAGGAAUCAAGUGGAUAGAGUUGGAAGCAAUGAUUCUGGAUCUGAUGGAGUUGAUAUGGAUAAUGGUAGGCCAAUAUCUCCCGGAACACUUGCAUUGAUGUGUGACGAACACGACUUUAUGGCAGCUGGGUCACCAGAAAGGGUGGUGAGCCAUGGUGAGAACAUCAAUCAGAAGUCAUUGGAUGGUCAUGGCUUUGCGGAACUUUUUGCAGAGCAGGAAAGGCUUGUCCUGACACGGCUCUGGGAUUUUCUUAACCGGCUCAUAACUUGCGGGAGCAUAAGGGAAACCAUGCCCUCGCCAUUAGCCGAAAACGAUACAGGAAGCGAACGAAAACCUGCAGAGAAUGGCAACGUAAAAUCUGGAAGUGAAAUGGGAAGUCACAAGGAAGCAUACGGCAAUGGCAUUAUAAACUCUCCUGUUCCAGAAGCGUCCCCAGGAGCCACUGCAGUCACUUCUUGUAAUGAAGACUUGUCUUUAAAGGUUGUGUUGCCUAAUGGGAACGGGGAGAUAAUAAAAUCACAUAUUGACAGAGAGUGGAAGUUAGAUAGAAAAUAGUUAAGAGUGGAAGUCUUAACCUAGCUCCUCUAGUUAGAUGAUACGUUCUUGUUUGAAGCUUUUAUAUUCCUGCUUUUCCGUUAUAUAACAAUUGUUAUAGC